UGCAUUCUACAGUCGUUCUUUAUUAUUAUUAUUAUUUUAUGUGGCCUAACUGUCUUCUCUCGGAGAGCUGUGUGCUUGGUGCCUUGGUAGCCAAGCGUGGAUCAAAAUCCCAGUUAUACCAAACCGGCUUUGCAAUCCUCCUCCUCCUCCUCCUCCUCCUGAAAAAUGGACAAGAAGAAGGAAACCAUUCGAUUGGAGCGCGAGUCCGUCAUUCCAAUUCUUAAGCCUAAGCUCAUUAUGACGUUGGCCAAUCUCAUUGAACAUGGUUCUGACCGUGCUGAGUUUUUAAAGCUAUGCAAGAGAAUUGAGUACACAAUUCGGGCUUGGUAUCUUCUACAAUUUGAGGAUUUGAUGCAAUUAUAUUCUCUCUUUGACCCUGUAUAUGGGGCUCAGAAAUUGGAGCAGCAACAUCUAUCUCCUGAAGAAAUCGAUGUGCUUGAACUGAAUUUCCUCAACUACUUAUUUGAGGUUAUGGAAAAAAGUAAUUUCAAGAUUGCCACUGAGGAGGAGAUUGAAGUGGCACGUUCCGGACAGUAUCUUCUAAAUCUUCCCAUCACAGUUGAUCAUUCUAAGCUUGACAACAAGCUCCUGAAGAAAUAUUUUGCAGAGCAUCAUCAUGAAAACCUUCCAUCAUUUGCUGAUAAGUACGUUAUCUUUCGACGUGGAAUUGGAAUUGAUCAAACAACUGAUUACUUUUUCAUGGAGAAAGUGGACAUGAUCAUUGGACGGUUUUGGGCAUAUCUUUUACGUGUAACUAGGUUAGAAAAGCUUUUUUCUAGGUCAAGUCGGCAACAUAAGAAAGACUCAAAGAAAAAUGAUGAUAUUAGCUCUGAUGCAGAACAGGAUGAGCUAUAUGUUGAACGAAUACGACUGGAAAAUAUGGAACUAAGUGCUCGCAAUAUGCUGAGCAAGAUCACAAUUCAAGAACCAACCUUUGAUCGAAUAAUUGUUAUUUAUAGGCGAGCUGGUACCAAAGCAAAUGCAGAGCGAGGGAUAUAUGUGAAACAUUUCAAAAACAUUCCAAUGGCUGAUUUGGAGAUAGUUCUUCCUGAGAAGAGAAACCCUGGAUUAACUCCAAUGGACUGGGUCAAGUUCCUUGGAUCUGCUAUAGUUGGGCUGGUUGCUGUAGUUGGUUCAGUUGAAAUGCCUAAAGCUGAUCUAUGGGUCAUUUUUGCUGUUCUUUCCACUGUGAUUGGUUACAUUGCAAAGACAUACUUCACUUUUCAGCAAAAUAUGGCUGCAUACCAGAACUUGAUAACACAGUCCAUGUAUGACAAACAACUUGACAGUGGGAGGGGUACCCUUCUUCACUUGUGUGAUGAUGUCAUUCAACAAGAAGUCAAGGAGGUGAUCAUUUCAUUCUUUAUAUUGAUGGAACAGGGCAAAGCAACCAGACAAGAUCUGGAUCGGUGGUGUGAGGAUCUAAUCAAAGAAGAGUUUGGUGAGAGCUGUAAUUUUGAUGUGGAUGAUGCAGUUCAGAAGUUAGAGAAGUUGGGAAUUGUUGCUCGGGAUUCCAUUGGUCGGUAUUACUGUGUUGGCCUGAAACGUGCUAACGAGAUCAUCGGUACCACCACUGAGGAGCUUGUCCUUAAGGCCAAACAAGGUGUCAUUACUAGUACUACAUGAUUUUUGUAUUUGGAAAACAUGGCAAAGCCGCUUCCUUCCCAUGUGUACAAAUUAUGUUAUUUUAUCAAUUAUUUCAUCCUAUGGUUUUUAGUUGUA